AUGACCACUGUUUUCGUAUCUGGGGCUACUGGAUUCAUUGCAAUCCAUAUUGUUAAGGUUUUACUUGACAAAAACUAUACUGUUAUUGGAUCGGUUCGUUCUGCUGAGAAAGGGGAUGCUCUUGCUAAGCAACUUGGGUCUUCUAAGGCUACGGAUGUUGAAGAAGAAUUAUUAAAAACAGCCGUUGGUGGUACAACCAACGCAUUGAAAGCCAUUACUAAAUACGGUGGUCAAAUUGAAAACGUGGUUAUAACUCCUUCUUAUGCAGCAGUUUCAACUUCAACAAAGGAGAAAAACCCUGCCCAUACAAAUAAUGAAGAAUCAUGGAACGGAAUCACCUGGGACGAAGCUUUGGUUGAUUCUUUUGCUGGUUAUAGAGGAUCGAAAAAAUUUGCCGAAAAAGCUGCUUGGGAUUAUGUCAAGGAAAAUAAAGUUAACUUUAAGAUUAAAAAUAUAAAUCCAAGUUUUGUAUUUGGUCCUCAAGCAUUCCCAGUUAGUAAAAAUGAACUUAAUACUUCAAGUGAAGUGAUUAACUCUUUUUUAAAGCUUAGUUCUCCAAAUGAUCUAAUUCCAACCACUGCCGGUGGAUUUGUGGACGUUAGAGACGUACAAAAAAAUGGUCCCUAG